AUCUUAAUAGGUGUACUUAUAUUUCUUAAUUUACAAAUCAAAAUGGUAGAAGAAUUAAAACACCAGAUGCGAAGCCUUGAAAAUCUUAUUGGCUGCAAGGGAAAACUCGAUGUUACAUCUGGAGAAUUUAUAAAAGAAUUGAUCAGAGCGUUAUGUUCAAAAUAUCAGAGCGAUUUAAAAAACAGCCUUCGACUUCAUCGCUUGGAGCUUCUUUAUGAUUUGGCGGAAAACAUCCGGCGCCGACAUCAAAAGGCAUCCGUUGAGGAGGUGGUUGUGCUCCCAGGUAAAAAGAUCAAAAAAAGCUCUGAAGAAGAACCUGGAGAGACAGAACAACCACAGAAACCAGAGAAGACAGAGAAAGCUCUCGACAUCGUAACCGUGAAACCUCAUGAUAUAGAUGACUGGAAAGACUUAAUGAUACUAUCCAAAAUUUAUUAUGUCAUGGAACAUCCGAAGCCUGAAGUUUUGAAAUGGAAAAGAAGGAUAUCGAAAAAGAAGGUUAUCCAGAAAUUUGGAGACAAGGACUUCAUAGAAUGGCGGGUGGCGCAGAAUUUCAGACUUAGGAGUCUAGAAGCAUGGGCUCAGAGUCGGAGCGACGCCCGGAGGCUGGUAGAAGAAGAUUCGCCUCUAUCGGAAGACGAGGAAUUGGAUGAGCUGGGGAAUGUAUUCCCUAUUCUUUCUGAUGGAAAACAAAAGAAGACUAAGCGAAGAAAAGAAGAAUGGCGCAAACCACAGAAACCGUUCAAGUUCAAGGGUGAAAACAUGGAAGAUUGGACAGAGAGUUAUUCGGAUGACAGCGAAGAACUAGAAGACGAGAAAGAAACGAAAGGAAUUGCUGAAUUAAUAGAAGAGCCCGAGUCUGAGGUAGACGAUCUACAACAUGUUGAUGAAGAUUUAUUAGAAAAAGCAGAAGGAAAAAUUGCCGAGAUUUUUUCAGUUUAUAGGACUUUCACCAAGCACAGAAAUCCCAUAUUUGAAGAAAUUGAUAAA